AUGGGCUUCCUCUCAUCCGACAAACCAUACACAGCCGUCACCUCCACCAUCGAGUCUCUCUGUGGACGAGACUACGAGGAGGAGGAUGUGGCCGACAUGGUCGAGCUCAUGGAAAUCAUUCAAUUGCGUCCCGACGGACCCACCGAAGCCGCCCGGGCUCUCAGAAAGAAACUAAAGUACGGCGGCAAGCAUGCCCAACUCAGAGCUCUGGUGAUUCUCGACACCUUAGUUGAGAACGGAGAACGGCUCUCCAUGCUGUUUAACGACACUCAGCUGAUUGACCGGCUCAAAAUUGUCGUUUCCGGCGCAGAAGGCCUGCAUCCCAUGGACUCUGCCGUCCAGAAGAAGGCCCAGGCCUACGCCAAGAGCUGGAGCCGAUACAAGGGCAAGAGAGGCUACGAGGGUAUCUCCUCUCUGUACAAGGGAGGUGCCACAUCCAGCGCUGCUGCCAGAUCACGGGCAAGCAGCUACGGCAACGGAGGAGCAGGAAAUUCUGGCUCCGGAAGACGGUCCUCCAGAUACUCUAACCGAGUCGAAGACCUGUCUGAGGACUCGGACGACAGCCGAGAUGGAGGCUACGACUCGCCCCCUCCCCGAUCACGCGAUUCUCCCCGUGCACGUGCGUCUCCACGAACUCCACGUGACCGGUCUCCCUACUCUGACGAAGAUAGACCCAAGCGGUCUAACCGAGGUAGUGCUCGUUACGAGAGAGGGUUUGACGACGAGCCCCGAUCCUCGUCGAAACCAUUCUUUUCGUCCAAAACUCGAACACGAGGAAGCACGCCCGUGGAUGACUACGAUGAGGAAGAUGAGCCCGGAGAACGACCUCAGUUUUCCAGCCGAAACCGGCGCUCUGGAGGUGGAGUAGCGGACUUUGAGGACAGAGAAAAGACGGAAAAGUCGUCGAAACGUUCGUCUCUGUCGAAAUUCUUCAAGGGCUCUUCUCCCGAGCCUGCCUCAUCGUCUGCUCGAGGCUCUACGCCCUCCGGACUGUCCGCAUCUUCUUCUAAUGCUCCCCUGAAUGCCAAGGUUGAGAAGCCGCGUAUCCAGGAGGUUUUGGCGGAGUCUCACGUUGCAGCUACCAACCUGAACAACGCUCUCAGAAUGGUCAACAAGGAUAAGGGCCAGUUGAGUACCCAGGACGCGUAUGCCACUGAGUGUUUCAACAAGUGCCGAAAGUUGCGAAAGAAGGUGGUGCGAUAUAUUCACGGUAUCCACGAUGGCGAAUAUGUAGGUCCUCUUCUUCAUGUCAACGAGGAGCUCAUUGCUGCUCUGCGGCACUACGACAAGUUGGCGUCUGUCCAUGGCUCUGAUUCUGAGCCCGAGGAUGAUUGGAGAAACGAAGAUGGAGUAGAUGAAGUCACCGAGCAGGUGGCCAAGAUCAGCAUCCCUAAACGAGCUCCUCCACCCAUCCCGAAGAAGCCCAAGAACUUGCAUUAUUCGGAUGAGGAGGAUGACAAUCCGUUUGGAGAUGAUAAUGAGUUGUAG